CUCUGAUUGCCGGGCUUUUAAUUUGCAAGAGGACAGACCGGAAGUGCUAACCGGAAGUUGGCUCAAUGUCAGCUGUUUUCAAUUUCGGUUGUUUUCCUCAGAGAGAAAAUGUCAAACGAGGCUGACAGAAAGUCAAAGUUUUAUUCGUGCAGCUGCUUCCUAACCGAUAACUUCUUCCUGGAAGACUUCCGGCUUCAUGUCCGCUUUGUGUCCGAGCAGCAGUUCAGACUGGACUACCAGCCGCUGCUGAAGAGGCUGGGCUGCAUCACGGAGCAGCAGUUUGGAGAUGUUCUGACAAAGAUUUCCCAGGAGGUGGACAGACGGAGGCGUCUAUGUGAGGCGUCAGCUGAAAGAUCAGCCGCCAUAAAAAGCACGUACCAGCCUCUCCAUCCACACGUCUACCAUCUGCAGGAGUCCUACCUGAAUGCGGAGUUUAAGCAGAUCGUGGAGUUCUGCAGAAGCGGCGCCGCCUGUGAAGCAGGUCUGCUGGGUUUGCUGGAGGAAGCAGGAGCUCCCAGAGUCUAUCGGCUCCCGGUGUUUGAGAGGAAGUUCUGCCAGGAGCUGGUGGAGGAGCUGGAGCACUUUGAGCUGUCGUCGGCCCCUAAAGGAAGACCCAACACCAUGAACAACUAUGGGAUCCUUCUGAACGAGUUGGGCUUCGAUGACGGCUUCAUCACUCCGCUCCGGGAGCUCUACCUGCAGCCGCUCGCCUCCCUGCUCUACCCGGACUGCGGGGGGCGCUGUCUGGACAGCCACAAGGCUUUUGUCGUCAAGUAUGCCUUGAAGGAAGACCUGGAUUUGAGCUAUCACUAUGACAACGCAGAGGUGACUCUGAACGUGUCUCUGGGCAAAGAGUUCAGCGACGGAAAUCUUUUCUUUGGAGACAUGCGGCAGGUUCCUCUGAGUGAGACUGAGUGCACAGAGGUGGAGCACAGGGUCACAGAGGGACUCCUGCACCGGGGCCAACACAUGCACGGGGCCCUGCCCAUCUCCCGUGGCCAGCGGUGGAACCUCAUCGUCUGGAUGAGGGCGUCGCAGGAACGCAACAAACUGUGCCCCAUGUGCAACCGCAUGCCCUUGCUGGUGGAGGGGGGCGGCUUCGCCGAGGGCUUCACCAAGGCUUAGAGGACGGCUUCUGUGUGUUCUUUAAUGCUUCCUUUAUCAGUUUCCCUGUUUUCUUUCUUCUCACCAAUCUAUCUCAAAUGGUCAGAUCCUCCAUUAGAGCUCCUCUGUCUGGUCGGUGGUUCCACUGGGAGAAUCAUUGAUCAGUCAAAACACGUCAGCAGAACUGCUUCAUCAUCCGCUGAUCUCUAUUUAUUCACUGGAUUGCUGAUUGCCCGAAAAAAGUGAAGCCACCGUCCGCCAUGUUGGACACAGUACUGGAGGAGAAAAUGAUCCAGAAGCAAUCAACUGACUUCAGACGCUUUUCUGAUGGAGUUGCAAUCAGAAAAACAGAUUUUAAUUGUGCUGUCCACCAGGGGUCAGUGUUGGAACCGAUUCCUUUUAUUCUUUACAUAAAAGACAAUCUUAGAGUUUUUUACUUUGUUUGCUUUGCAGAUGAUGCAGAUAAUUUUGUAAAGGUGGGAGUGGAUCAAUAAACUGAA